AUGUGUGUGGGGGGUACGAAACAUACUAUUACUCAAUCAUUUUUAGAAAAAAUGUCUUCUUCAUCUUCUUCUAAUUAUUUAUCAACUCAAAACAACUCUGACAUCUCUUCAACAUUUUCACUCAGAUCAAAUUUAUCAAGGAAUGUGGCUUCUUUGGAGGGCGAUAACAAAAAAUUUACUUUUCAACCAAACUAUAAUAAUAUUUAUUUUACUUUCAAUUUCAAUUCAACAAAAAUAACAACAAUUUACAGACCAAAUUUUCUUUGGUAAUAUUUUGUUUCAUACCUCCCACCCUCCAAUGUUUCUCACAACUUUUUCAUUCUUUAGUCUGUUAUCGGUAAUAAAACUCAUGAGAUGUGUCAAAUGAUACCAAAAUCAAUCCCCGGUCUUAACUUUGGUCUGAGAUACAGAUCCCUGAAAUUUGAAAAAUAAUAUGGCGGAAAAUUGACACAAAUACCAGAUUAAAAAUUACACGAAAACAAUACAAUUUUGUCGCGAGACGCUUGUGCAAAACUGGGUCUUUUUCGGACGAUUGUUGGCUGUAUCUUAGCCCAGAAUUAAGACCGAGAAUUGAUUUUGGUUC